UCGUCAUCGUCGGUGGUUGGGAUUAACAUUUUUAUAGCGAUGUUUAGCACUAAUCUGGUCUUAGUCACGUAAGUUUCGAAUCGGGGUACAGUAGCCGCGUAUUUUCCGAAGGGUUUCCCAAGUUUCCUCGGCAGGCGGUAGAGGGCGGACGGCGCGGUCCCUCGCGCAAUCAAUACCUGCGCCGAACGGCCGCCGGAGGCUUGCUCGCUUGUCACCCUGUAACGUCAGCCGCGCCACCGACGCGCCUCUGUCAACCCCUCGUACACGUACCGUUACCGAAUGUCCGUUUACAUCGUGUAAAAUGUCCGCUCCGACUAGAGAGCUCGCGACAUUGAGCUCGCGUGCCCCAGUGAUGUAGUGCCCCGCGGUUAUGUCCAAGUGAUAAUUCCAAUACAGCGAAAAUGCAUCUACAUUUCGAGAGGAACGUGAACGCUAAAUGCGACUGCACAAUACUCUCGCUGUCAUGGAUGGGCAAAGUCCCCGACGAACUGCCGGAGGAGGAGGGUUGGAAGCUGAACCGCAACAACUACUACCAGGAGGGCUGGCUGGCGACGGGCAACGUGCGCGGCGUGGUGGGCGUCACCUUCACGUCCUCACAUGCGCGACGCCCGCACGAGCUGCCCCUGCGCACUAACUACAACCUGCGUGGACACCGCUCCGACGUAAUCCUGGUGAAAUGGAACGAGCCGUACCAGAAGCUGGCAUCGUGCGACAGCUCGGGCGUGAUCUUCGUUUGGAUCAAGUACGAGGGCCGCUGGAGCAUCGAGCUUAUCAACGACCGAAGCACGCCGGUCACGCAUUUCUCCUGGUCACAUGACGGCAGGAUGGCGCUCAUCUGCUACCAGGACGGGUUUGUUCUUGUGGGCUCCGUGGCAGGCCAGCGGUACUGGUCGUCCAUGCUAUCGCUGGACGCGCGCAUCACCUGCGGCUGCUGGACGCCCGACGACAACCAGGUGUACCUCGGCACCGCCUCCGCACAGCUGGUCGUCAUGGAUGUGCACGGAGCCAUGGUCUCGCAGGUACAGCUAGUUGCUGAAGGCGGCAUCACAUCGAUGGCGUGGUCGUGCGAGAAGUUCAAGAUGGAAGAAGGCGAGGAGACCGGAGAGAACAAUGGAGGGCACGUGCUGGCCGUCGCGCUGGGCAGCGGGGAAUUGGUGCUACUGCGGGGCCAUGACGACGUAAGCCCCGCGCGCGUGCACACGGGACUGCGCGGCGCCACGCUCGUCAUGGAGUGGGCCAACUCGCGCGAGCUGCUCGCCGUCGCAGGCACAUUACUGCCCGAAGCGGACGAGUCGGCAGACUCACCGCCAUAUAAAAACGUCGUGAAGUUCUACUCGGACACCGGAGUUCUUAUUUACACCGUUCCAAUACCUUAUACUCAAGCUCUGGUGAGCGGUCUGACGUGGGGCCACGCGGCGCGGCGCUUGUUCGUGGGCGUGGGCGGAGUGGUGUGCACGGCGCGCGUGUGGCGCGUGGUGGCCCCGCUGCAGCUGCUGGCGCGCGUGCGGGCCGCCCAGGCACUGCGGCACCCGCGCCUCGCCGCGCGCCUGCCGCUGCCGCCUCGCCUGCAGCCCGCGCUGCACAACCUCUUCGCGCACACGAUACGGUGCAAUGUGCCCGAGACGAACGAGCUACGUCGUUUCGUGUCCCGUCCGCCGUCUGCCGGCGGUCGCUUGCACUGCACCAUGUUGCGGCACGACGACGAGGAGACUGGCGCCUACACGCUAUACCUGGAACACCUGGGCGGGCUAGUUCCUCUACUGAAGGGCCGACGUACCAGCAAAAUACGCCCCGAGUUUGUCAUCUUCGACCCGCAAGCUGAAGAGGGCGCCACCACUGUGACUGCCACAGUUCGCGCGAGCAGCAACAGCAGCAGUAACAGCAGCAGCAGUGGCAGCGGCAGCGCCAGCAGCGCGGGGAGUGCGUCCCCCCGCGCCCGAGCGCCGCGGCCCCCGCUCCCGCUGUCCUCUUCCUCAGACACCGAGCCCGAGGAAGGUUGCUCUGGGUCGCCGCGGCUGCAGCGGCGCCGGCGAGCCCGCGAACGCCGGAAAGUGAGGAGUAGCAGCGACAAAGACGACACGCCCGACGAACUUGCUUAUAUCGAUUCUUUACCUGAGGACGUUCGGUUAGUAGAAGUAACAUCAAAUAUUUGGGGAACAAAAUUCAAAAUGCACGGUCUUGCCAAGAACGUGCCAGCUAAUUUAGGGCAGGUGACUUACAAAACCUCUCUGCUGCAUCUCCAACCGAGGCAGAUGACACUCAUGAUCACGGAACUUCGCGACGACUACCCGGUCGGCCCCGACCCCACAUUUAACCCCAACAUAUUCUCCGAGGACGAAGAGGAAGUCUUUCAAUCGAAUGAUACGAACAAUUCGCCUUCACACAACAAUAACAACAUACGCAGGAAACUGACACUCAGUGAAAGAAUCAAUAAUUCUAACAACAUCAACCAGACAGACUCCUACAACUCCAAUAAUAACAACACCAACGGUGCCUCGCUAGCCCGCGCCGAGUCGUACGAGGAGUUUCCUUACAUCGACACGAUAGCGAACGACUCCAUGAACAACGUGCCGGAAAGCGUGUAUAACUCGACGCCUCCUUUGCGGCACGCGCAGCCCACAGAGCGGCGCGUCAACAACGCCGCGGGGGUGCCCAGUCGCCACGCCAUCUCUCCACUGCGCUGCGAGGGAUCCGUGCCCACGCUGCAGUCACCCAAGAACGCCGUCGCGCCCACCGACAUCAUCUUCGAACGGCCCUCGCCGCAAACCGUGGCCUGUGGAGGCCGCGGCGACUUUUGCGGGGGCCGGGCCGACUAUACCGUGCGUGGUGACAACGUAGCUCUCAAAGCCAACCUACCCGGCGUCGACCAGCAGUCGUUCAGCCUCAAUCUCGGCCUCGAGCCUAGCAGACAAGUCACGAUCAAGAAGUGCGACAGUCACGUCACCGACAACUGCCUUUCGAAGCUUCGGAAGAACAUCUGCAGUCGUGGCGAAGCGGCCGCCUACGACGUCAACACGAGGAUUCUGAAAUCCUUAUGUAACAAGAAUUACGAACACGAAGUACACCCGGACGCGAUGGCGCGGCGCGGUGACGGUCUGCGAGGGCUACAAAAGGGGGAAGAUUUAAAGUACAUAGACGAGGAGACGCCCGGCGACGGGGCGGCCACGUGUCCCGGAGAUCGGGGCCGCGUACACCGCACCGCCACCGCGGUGGCGAUCAGCCCGGUGUGCGCGCCCGGGCCCCUGUACGACUGUAUGACACGUAGCUGCAGCGUCGGCUACUUGGACCUGGUGGAGGCGCACGCGCGUGUAAGCUUGGCCGCGCUACGCGAGCCGCCACGCCGGUUGGUGCUAGUGAGCGACAAGCGACGGCGGCCGCGGCGCGCCCCUCGUCCGGCAGACACGCGCCCUGCGCCGCCCCUGCAACGCUGCGGCAAGUCGCGGAGCCUCGACUCCAGCGAGCUCGCCAUCACCGCCGACAAGCGACCUCGCGACCCCGACCCGCCUCCGCCGCCGCCUCGAUCUCCGCGCCCGCCGUGCGCUGACAGCACCGGCGACGACGAGCCCGCCACCAGCGGCGAGGAGCGCGCGCCCGACAAGUGCGGCGUCUGCCGGACUGGCGCGCUGGUACCGGACCGAGCGGGCGCGGCGCCAGCGCGGGCCGUGUGCGGCACCUGCAGCCGGACACCAGCGCCGGCUCCCGCACCGCGCCCCGUCACCACGGACUCCGACUCCGACUACAGUUCGUUGGAGCAGCUAGCGCUGCGUUUACUCGCGUCUCGGGCGGGGCGGAAGUCGCGUGCGGCGCGGGAGGCGAGCGCGACAGCUACGAAUGGUCCGACCGCGGGCGGUGAGUGCGCGGGCGCGGGCUCGGGCGUGGCGCGGGAGGUGAGCUCUGCGCCGGCGUCCCCGCGCUGUGGCCGCGCCCGCGCCGCGCCCAUGCCCGCGCCCGCUACGCCGACGCCCCGCCGGCACCGGUACUCCUCCGCCUCGCCUAUUAGGCAAUUGUUAAAUUCUCCUCUUUUGAAUCGGAGAAGAAACAAGAAACCGUCCGAAAGCUCCGACGACGAGUUCUCGAACGGCGGCGGCUACAGCGAAGUGAAUAGUAAAACGUACAGAGACUUGGAAAGCUUUCAAAAGGCUCAACUUAGAAAUAAGCUGAAGCGAGCGGGUCCAGGGGCGGUAGCGGGGGCGGGUGCGGGUGCGGCGAGCGGUGAGCGGAGCGGGCGGCGGCAGCUAGUGAUGCACAACAAGGCGCCCAUGUGGAACGAGAACAGCCAGGUGUACCAACUAGACUUCGGCGGCCGCGUCACCCAGGAAUCGGCUAAGAACUUCCAAAUCGAGUACCAUGGGAAACAGGUGAUGCAGUUCGGUCGCAUAGACGGCAACGCCUACACUUUGGACUUCCAGUACCCUUUCUCGGCACUGCAAGCGUUCGCAGUGGCGCUCGCCAACGUGACGCAACGGCUCAAGUAGUCGCAUCACAGGAACAACUCCACUCUGCCAUUGUAAAGAUAUGAGUAGACAUUUCUAGCAUAACGCCAUUACGGAGUAAUCACUUUCCCAUCUUUCGGGCUUUCUUUGGGUACUAAAAGAGAAAUAUAAAACUAGGUACUUUAACUUGACAAGAAUCUCUCUUGUUGCUUCUGCAUAGAGCAUGACAGGAUACAGGUUUAAGGAAUCAUGCUCGAAUCAGUCCAUUUGUCCAUCUAUCAUCUUUUGUGAUGAGAAAGGUUGUAAUAAUGCUUACUACGGAUUCGAUCUUUGUCAAAUAGUCAGUCGACUGAACCAAACUUUUAUGAAUGGAGAGAAUUAUAACGGGAAUAACCUAAGAACGAUUGUAGAUGCGGUUUUACGCCUUUAUGUGUCCGAUUAUAGAACAAAAGGCAGAUGAAGCGCACGGUUCACGCAAUGCGUGCCACCAAAGCAAAUAAGAAGUCAAAAGUAAAUCCUUUUUUUUUCAUUGUCAACAGUUUUUACGAUGUAUGAAUAAGGCGGCACAGUUUUGAUACUUAAUAUUCAUGGGACGUAUUCACAACACGAUGCGUUGUGGUGUACUGACGCGAAUUGAUAGUCGCUUUUUACUUCGUAUUUGCUAUCGUGCCAUGCAUUGCGUGUUCAGUGCGCUCCAUCAAUCUUUUGUUCUGUAAUCUGCGCUUUAUUUUAUGUGUUAAUUUAACAAAAUGUUGUGCUAGAAAUAUUUAUCUAAGUAGUUAAUUGAAUGUGAGUAUUGUGAGGGGGAUAUUUGUCCGACACAUUAGUUUGCAUAUUAACAAUCGUACCUACUACUUACUUACAUGCAGUUUUACAAGAAAGAAGUUAUAAAAUUUGGGACUUUAAUUUUAAAACGACGAGAAAUAUGUUAUUCUUAAACCGUUAAAAAUAUUUAGUUUCAGGAAGAUGGGAUUUCAAAAAAGCUGGGUUGACAUCUUUUAAAUUUCGCCCUUUUUCGGUGAAAGAUAAGAUUUUGGAUACCAUUCGGAUUGUCGGACACAAAACCGUAUCACUUAUCGUUAGGAGAAUUAUAAUCUAAAGAAGUAUUUAAAGUUGAGGCCGUGAGGUGAAAGUAUAAAUGCACAUUUGCGUUACUAAUAGGUAUUGUAUUGAUUGAUAUGUAAUAAAAGUACUAACGAUGUCAAAUUGUAUUCACCAACUUAUGGCCCGACUGUACAACGUUAACUUUAGGCGUGUCACACGUUAAAGAUGAUCCAUUGUAAUUGGAGAGGCGCCAUUGGUCAACGAAUGGACCCAUCCAUUUUAUAAAACAAGGUUAGAUAGGUAGGUUUUUAAAAUACUUAUCCAAUUAAGUCUCAAUGCAAAUAUAACGGAAAUGUUUGUGCUAUUGGGACCAUAGCACGUUAAAAAUCGUGUCUUAUACCCAUGAUGAUAGAUUAAAUGAUGAUAAAACAAUAUUUUAGGUACAAAAUGUUAAAUAUUUUCACUAUAGACAAGUAUCUUAUGAACACUUGUAAAAUAAUUAUUAUUGUUUUGUUUUAGCUGUAAUACUUUACGACGAUUAGUUGUGCAUCUUAAAGAUUGAAAAUAGCGUCCAUUAUUGAACUCCACUAUUGUUUUCGCCAUGCUGUAUGUAAGUUUUCUUACGUAGAUAUAACGGUUAAUUUUGGUGUAGUUUAAGAGAUUAUGUAAGAACUAUGCAAAUCAGUCGCGUGCAUCGCCAAAUUCAUCCCCUAAAUAAGUAGAUAUAGUUCUUCUGCCAUUAUUUAAUCGAUUUUAGAUCAUUUAACUGAGAAUUCUAGUAUGUCAUCUUGAUUAAUAUUUUGACAACGAUACGUCAUUGUUUAUCUGUUAAUUCUCAGAAUAAAUAUAUGUU